GAGGCAUGGGAAUGGCUGGCAGCCAAUCAACUGGCGACUGUUAUUACUAUCAAGGAGUCCAGUGCUACAGAUCAAGCAUGGCGGUUAAUGAUCUCCUAUCUGGAUAAAUACGAGUCAAAGAACACAAUGUAUCAUCACUGUAUCAUAAAUAAACUGCUGUCUCACGGAGUCCCUCUGCCCAACUGGUUAAUAAACCGUUACAAGGCUAUGGAUGCAGCAGAACUGCUCCGGCUUUACCUCAAGUAUGACCUGCUGGAAGAGGCUGCAGAGCUGGUGUUAGAAUAUGUAGACGCACUUCUAGGCAAAGGCCACCAGUAUUUUGGAAUACAGGCUCCUCUCUCUGCAACGUCUCAGUUGGUCUGGUUCCCUUAUUCAGCUAUUGACCAUCUCCGACUGGCUCUGGGCGAGAAUGAAAAUAACCAACACAAUCAGGCCAUUCUGGGCAAACUCCAGAGGAAAAUGGAUGAAUAUUUCCAGAAGCUGAAGAAAGCCACCGACGACUACAAAAAAUUAGUGCAGAAGCCGGUACGGGCGUAAAGUUGCGCAGUGAUGGCUCUGAGGAACCGAUGGAAACCAGGCACCAUGUUUAUAAUUCAGUGUAGAAUUCAUAAUAAUGUCAUUAGUUUUCUGUUUUGUAAAAAUAAACUAUUUUGUAUGAUGUU